CUUUCUCCUUCCUCCGCCGUCCGUCCCCGCGCCCAAACACAACCCGCCGUUGCUCCGGCGCCCGCCCGCCCGCCCCCCACGAUGGAGACCUCGUUCCUCCCCACCACGCUCCCGACCGCUAAGCCGCUCCCCGCAUUCCGAACCCUGUCCACCGCCGCCUCGCUCCGCCCGCACCCGCGCCCCCGCACCUCCACCAUCCGCGCGGCCAUCACCCGUGGCCGCAAGGAGGAGACGGUGGCCGCCGUCCGCGAGCAGCUGGAGGGGUGCUACCUCCUGGCGGGCAUCAAGUACGAGGGCCUGACGGUGAAGCAGCUGCAGGGCAUCCGCGACGCGCUCCCGGAGACCUGCAGCCUGCUGGUGGCGAAGAACACGCUGGUGGGGAAGGCCAUCGAGGGCACCCCCUGGGAGGCGCUCAAGCCGUGCAUGAAGGGCAUGAACGCUUGGCUCUUUGUCCACACCGAGGAGGUCCCCACCGCGCUCAAGCCUUACCGCGCCUUCCAGAAGGAGGAGCGCGUCGAGGAGACCAACGACUUCGUUGGCGCCGUCUUCGAGGGCAAGUUCUACGGGCCUGGCGACUUCAAGGCGCUCGAGACCAUGCCCAGCCGCGCCGAGGUGUACGCCCAGCUGCUCGGCGCGCUGCAGGGGCCCGCCACGUCCCUCGUCACCACGUUGCAGGCGCCCGCCAGGGACGUCGUCGCGGUGCUCUCCGCCUACGUGCGUAAGCUCGAGGAGGAGGCUGGCUCUGCAUAGCGCGGUUGCGAAAUGGUUGUCAUCUCUCGCCCUCCCUUCUGUUGUAGAUUUCCUUGUACCUUUACUUGCUCCCAAUCACAUUUGAAUUGAAUCACAAUUUUCCAUUUUACAAUGUGUUGCCUGAAUUUCCUGAUAGUGGCAUACUGCUGAGUCUGAGUGUAUUAGUAGCAUUUCCUGCUUGCAAGUCUCAUGGUUUAGGAAUCAGUAUAAGGUCAUAUAUGAGGUUUGGACUGUGACUAGGUAAUGCUGAAUAUUUGGCAAUUGAUUUCUGUGAAAAACAACUCCAUUGACUGUGUUACUGUACCAGUGAAAAUAUGAUUCAGCAAUUUAA